CGGCGUCCGACGGCAGUCGCGCGCUAACACGUGCGUGCAACACUUUGCGCCGUUCGCACAGAAAAAUUCGCGCCCUUCUCACCCCUGGCUGUUAUAAAAAUACUACGAAAUAAACAUGAAUGUGUCGAGAUAAACAAACCGUGAUUUAAUAACGUGGGUUAUGUAAUUUACAGUGCAUAUCUCAGAUUUCGGCGGGAAAUUUUAUCAUUACAUUAAUAAGAUAAUGUCAUUCGUGAGUACAAUAAACAGAAAUCUAUAUUCGGUCAGACAAUAGCAACAAUUGAAACAAAAUAGCUUAAAAUGGCUUAUGUAUGAUGAAAAGCAUGAAAAUGGAGAAAAGCGAAAGAUCGGGUUUGUCUCGAAUUUGUAUAUGCCUUGAACCACCAUGGAGCUUCGAAGACCCUUCAGAUGAAAAAUUAUAUUUGGCGUACACUCAACGACAAAGGCAAGGUGCCGUGCUACGGUGGAUCUCUCUGGGAAUAUUAUUGCAGAUAUUCAUUGCUUUGGUACCAGGCGAAGCUAACUUAAAGUUUGCGUAUGCAUCCGUAGUUAUUGGUACGGUACUAAACUUAAGUUUGGUUAUAGUAUAUGCCGUUUUGCCAAAAGUACGUCCUCUCCUAAACCAUAUAGCAUGGCUAGUUCUUUGGAUCCAACUCCUUGUGAGCACAUCACGAAGAGUCGGAGAUUCAUACAACGAGUUACUGGGUUGGGCUAUUGUUCUACAAUACUUCACGCUAACUACUUUACCAUUUCAUCAUCUGUUGCUCAUAGUAUACAGCGUAAUUUCCUUUACUGCAUUUCUGCUAGUGCAAAGUUAUAACGCUACUGUGGGGGAAGUUGAGGUAGAAGGAGAUGUGACAAUUCAGCAAGUAGCAAAUGGGUGCCUAUUACUGGGAGCUACGUUAUUAGGAGGCACAGCAUACUUCAUUAAUGAGCGGAAGCAACGACUAUCGUUUAAGGAGACAAAACGGAGUUUGCGUGAUAAACUUACGAUCGAGCAACAGAGUAAGGAACAGGAAAGAUUACUGCUGUCCGUAUUACCUGAACACGUCGCCGUUAAAAUGAGAGCUGACCUGGGUUGCAUAGACACGCAGUUUAAGAAAAUAUAUAUGUCGAGACACGAAAAUGUAAGCAUAUUGUAUGCGGAUAUAGUGGGUUUUACUGCGAUAUCAUCAUCCUACUCGGCGCAAGAUCUUGUGGCAAUAUUGAAUGAAUUGUUUGCACGAUUUGAUCGAUUAGCAGAGAAAUAUAAUCAGUUACGAAUAAAAAUUCUUGGAGAUUGCUAUUACUGCAUUAGUGGAGCGCCGGUGGAGAGACCCGAUCAUGCCGUACUCUGUGUGCAUAUGGGAUUAUCAAUGGUUAAAGCUAUCAAGUAUGUACAGCGGAUAACGAACUCCCCAGUGGAUAUGCGAGUUGGUAUUCAUACUGGGGCAGUCUUAGCCGGGGUUCUGGGUCAAAGGCAGUGGCAGUUUGACGUGUAUUCAAGAGAUGUGGAACUUGCGAAUAAGAUGGAGAGCAGUGGAAUGGCUGGGCGUGUGCACGUGUCGGAAGUGACGCGUAGCUUCCUGAAAGACGAGUUUGAGGUGGAACCCGCACAUGGCGAACGGCGAGAGGAGAUGCUGCGUCAGGCCGGCAUUAAGACAUAUUUUAUUGUUAAGUACAAAGGCAGCGAAGAAAAAUGUAAUGAAGGUGAAACGGGUGGUAGCGACUGGCCCGACGUUCUCUCCGACCUCAAAGACGACGAUGAGGACUCAGUAAUAUCUCCGCAAGAUGAAACACAUAUCACAGAGGAGAUUAAGAUACAUACCAUGUUACAAGAAGAGCUUGUCAAUAGAGAUGAUGAUAGGGAACUUGCUGACGGUACCACGAUUUGUUUGACAUUUAAAGAGAAUGAGAUAGAGAGCGGUUAUGCGCAACGUGGAAACUCUUAUCCGCAAGCAAUUGGAGCACCACCAAUGAUAAUUCUACCAGCUCUGACUCCCAUUAUUACUUUUGCUGUACCCAGUACGUGGACCUUCCACGCAUUUUACAUCGCCCUAGUAUUGGAAGCUUGCGCGCUUAAUAUAUUAUACCUAAUUAUAUUUCGUUACGCGCAGUAUAAGAAUAAAAAGAUACCAACAUGUUGGAAGCUAGCGUGUGGUAUAUUCAAUAUCGCAGUCUUCCUAGCAUUAAACGUAAUUCCACUGAUUGUCUGUGGAUUCAUGGAAACUAAUCCCGAUGAAGUUGAGUUAAAUGAACAUUUUUUUGGCUCCAGAAACCAAAGAUGUCUACAUACUUCUUAUUAUUAUCAUAUGGGUGUCGGCGUAGCCUGUAGUGUUCUAUGGGUCCGGCCCCUUCGCGAAGGCUACCGUCUUUUACUGCUAACAGGAGUUGCAGCUGCCCACGCGCUGCCAGCCGCCUUGUAUCCCGCCCUACUGGAUCGGUACCGCCCGCCCUUCGCCCCUUACCUCAAUACCACUGGAGACCCGACUAUAGAUUUGAUGUUAGUUGUAUCACAGAUACACCCCGGAAGACACAUUCUGAUGAUGUUCAUAAUUAUCAUAGGAUUGGUUAUAUAUCAUAGAUAUAGUGAGUCGGUGGAGCGAGCCCGCUAUUCCCGUGGCGUUCGUAUGCGUGGCCAGGCCGAACAAGCGAGAGAGUUGCGACGUCGGAACGAAGCACUUGUUCAUAAUGUCCUUCCACCACACGUCGCCACACACUUUAUGGGCGCGAGGCACCACCACAGAGACCUAUACAGUCAGAGCUAUGCUGAAGUCGGAGUGCUAUUUGCCUCCAUGCCUAAUUUCACAGAGUUCUACUCGGAAGAAACAGUCAACAAUCAAGGUCUAGAGUGUUUACGAUUUCUCAACGAAGUUAUAUCCGAUUUCGAUCUUCUACUAGAGGAAUCAAAGUUUAGCAAAGACAUCAUCAAGAUAAAAACAAUAAGUUCUACGUAUAUGGCAGCAUCAGGACUCAACCCCACUCGCCAGAUGCAGCCGACAGAUGGGACCCUAGUCCGCUGGGCACACCUUGCUUGUCUGGUAGAAUUUGCGUUAGAACUGCAACGUGUGCUAGCGGCCAUUAAUGAGCAGUCAUUCAAUCACUUUGUACUGCGAAUGGGGGUCAAUCACGGACCAAUAACUGCUGGGGUCAUUGGGGCUAGGAAGCCCCAUUAUGAUAUAUGGGGGAAUACUGUGAAUGUAGCUUCUCGUAUGGAGAGUACGGGAAAGGCUGGGUGUAUUCAGGUGACGGAAGAGACAUGUGAAAUCCUGCAGAAGUUUGGUUACUACUUUGAACAGCGGGGGUUGGUAGCUGUAAAGGGAAAGGGUCAGCUUAUGACGUAUUACCUCCUGGGUAAGAGGGAAAACGGAAAUCCCGACUGCCCUAUGGUGGAGGAAAGUGCAGAGGCAGACGCAGGUGACGCAUUGCUAGCUAACGGCACCACAUCCACGAGUCAUCCAACCGCCCAAACACCCGCCUCACACGACGAAGUGGAGCGGCCUUUAUUAAAUUAGAUGUCUUUGAUAGUCACUUUCCGUAGAAAACCAUGGAUAAUUAUAAUUCCUAUUCGUCGUAAACUGUAAUUCCGCUGUUAUCUCUAUAGUAUAUAUUUCCAAUGACAGUGGAUUGUCUAUGUAUUAAUCUAUGACCAGACAGUAUUAAAUUAAAAAUGCCAUAUUCAAUCUCUGUUUAUAUACAUAUAACGCUUUUAAGUUUCUACCUCUUAUGUACGUGAUAGUCGUAAUAGCAAUAAAACUAGCAAUACACAUAUAUAAUUUAAUUACGUAACAUCUAUAUAGCCAUAAAAUACAAUGUAUAUUAAAUCUCAUAAACUUCGAAAGCAUCCUUAAGUUUAUCUAGGUUAAACUUGAAUAACUUUGUGAAAUCUAAAUUUUUGCAACUGGAAGUAAGACAUAUUUGUUCUGGCAUUUGAAUUAUUGGCUACAGCAUUGGAAAAUGUCACUGAUCGAUAAAUUCUCUUGAUUAUGUAAAAUAUAAUUUAUAAUUCCAUGUCCUUAUUAUGAUGCUACGUACACCCGUCAUAAGUGGUGUAUUUACGCUUCAAGUUAACGCUUAGAUACAAGUUUUGAUUGAAACAACUUUUAAAAUUAUAAACCGUUUGACAGAUGAGCGAGUGUUAGUUGGCCAUGAAUAUGCACCUUAGCAUGCACUCUGUAGGACCUUCCAUACGAUAUUAAAAAGUAAAGCAUUUUCUGUAACUAGACGUGAACAAAGAAGAAGUGAAACAUUUGAUUUGAUUAUUUAAAUGAUAUAAGCUAACUAAGUCGAGACGUAGCGUUAGACGUUAAAAAAUUUACCCGACUAAAAUUAAGAUCUAAAUUGUUUCGGUCUUAAUGUCUCAGUUUACUUGCGACUGAUUUUUCUUCCGUUACUAUAAUAAGUUUAUUCAGUAGUGUUCUGUCGUAAGUUUACGUACUUACAUCAUCCUAUAGAAUUUGACAGGUGAUAUACCUUACAAAGAUGUUUACCCGCUCGCUUUGAACUUGUAAUUGGAAUGCAAGUAAAAAAUACCUAAACAAUGAUUAUCAUAAGGAAAAGGUAUCGCGAAUUUAAUAUAUGAAAAUGUGCAUUUCUGAAAAUUCUUGAAAUCGGUGUCAAUCUUCGUAAAAUACGUUAUUGAUGCGGUUUUAUAUUGCAAAACAUGCAGUGAUGCGUAUGCGAACCAUUACAUAACAUUCAUUUUGCGGAUAAAUCUGUAGUUGCCUCAUCUCGUAAUGUAGCUGUAUUGUGAUAUUCUUAUUAGGAGUUAGGCUCAUCCCUAUCACUUUUACAAUUUGAAUAAUUCGUACAUUGAAAUAAGUGCCAUCUACAUUCUUGUAACAAAUCAAUUUGAGGAAAUUGUAUAAGAGAAUUAUGAUGCGACAAAAUUAUCUGAUAUCUAGAUUACAUUUAUGUGUUUAUUUGGCGAAAGCCGUCGAUUCCAGUUUGGCUAUAUUGAUUCUUACCGGUUUUUCUAUACACGAAUUUCAACGUACGGGUUUAUUAUUAACAUUUCCAUAACAUAGAUGUCGUUAGCGUUGUCUUUAACUAAUGCGAAUAUUUAAGUAAAGUAUUAUUAUAGUGAAUUGAACCCAAUUUCUUAAUCACCCGUUACGUAAUUAUAUCGGGAAACUGACUAAUCGAGUAAUUCACUAAAAUAAUAUUUUAUUUAAAUGGAUGUUAGCAUAAGUGUCGUAAAAGGACGUGCUUAAUGCCUAUUUUAGCCUAAGUGUAUGUAGGAAGUAGCUUUUAGUUAAAAAGUGCCGUAACAGACAUUAAUUAGUAUAUUGUUUUAUAUACUCUCAGUAGGUAUAGCAUCUUGGCGCUUUUAUAAUAAAUGUAAACAUUGUUUAAUGGUGAUACUAUAGCUAUAUGGUACGAAACCGAUUGUCUAUUGCACGGGAAGGUAUUAUUUUUACACUAUGAUUUUUUGUAAUAAUCUAUGCCUACACUAAACUCUUUAUAUUGUUUUUGGUCUGCCACUUAUUUAAAUCAAAUUUGUAAGUAAUCGUUUGUAUAAACAAAUAUUGGGUUAAUUGAGCCCUUGUAGUUCUAGAUAAUAGUUUCACGUGUAAUUGUUUAUGGGUCUUAUGCGGUGUUACAAAUGCUACCACUAUGACUUUGGUAGCGUGAAAAUUCUCAUUAUAAACAGCAAAGUAAAUUUCAAUAAUUUUUUUGCAGAUUAACUACGUUUGGUCGACUCCAUAGUUGGAUUAUGUUUUAUGUAAAAAAAAAAUUUAGUUUCAAAUAUUUUUCAAAAAAGUAUAGCCUAUAUUAUCAUUAUUGAAAAUUGACAAAAUAUUAUCAUUUAAAUGGAGAUAUUUUUGUCAAAAUUAUAAAUAUAAAAAAUACAAGCAUAUCACCAAAAUCUUGAUUAAGAAAGCAUUCGGAUAGACAUUCAUCAAGUGUACAUAAUAUAUAAUUAUGUGUAUUCAAGAAUGAACAUUUUCAAUACUGAUGUAUUUUUACGAACUUCAUUCCAACCAUGGUCCAAAUUCAUACCAUAAAGAGGAGCAUUUGUACACGCCAACUUCUGUAGUGAUACACUGUCCUGUGAUUUGUUAUUAGGUACUUACUUAAUCUAUAAUUUUAUACAUAUUUUAGCUCAAACUUUAAGGUUUAACCUUAGAAAAUCUGUACUGAAAUCUUAUAUCAAUAAAUAAAGCAAUAUC